AUGGAUGCCGGCUCGGACACCCCCACCAAGGCCACCCUGGACCCAGCCAAUAUUAGCUCCAUCUGCACAUGUCUGGGCGAUCAGAAAGGCCAGCAAACCGUCCUUUUUAUCAUCCCCAACCGAGAAGGGUAUGUGGUUCGCAGUGAUCUAUUCCAGGAUCGACUGCGCGGUUGCCCAGGGAUCCAAAAGGUGGUCAGCCUCGUCAACCCCCGGCAAUUCGUCGGUCCCCUUCCAGCCACGGCACAUUGUUUGGCAAAACCCAUCGAGUUGGCCGUUUGCUGCAUCCUGGUCGAUAGUGUGGACGAAGGCUCCCAUAGACAGCUGUCAGAUCACAUGCAAUUGCGGCUGCGAGAGAGGCUCUCAUUGCAGUGGCUGUCACCGACGCCAAUUCCCCUACGCAGGCUUGCUGUGGUCGGUGAAGUCCGCCCAGCUCAUCUCUCUUCGCGAUUCUUCCAGGCCGCUCGAGCCCUGGAAGUCGAGGAUCCAGAAUCGCGAAACGACCCAGACCGAGAAGUCUUCAUCGAAUUGGAUCUGACGGUGGAUGCUGGCCUUCCGGAUCAGAUUGUGGCCGCGAUUCAAGACCACGCUGCCGAAGUCGAUGGAAUAAUUACAGUGACUGAAUAUCUUCUGAUACCCGUCGCGCAAGCCGCCGAGCGACUGGGUCUCCCCACCUCACCAUCCACGUCGUUCAUUCAGUCCGUCAAUAAAUACCAGACCCGCUUGGUGGACAGUCCAAGUUCCUGCCGUCUGGUCUCGAGUCUGGAUGCUUUCCAAUCUCAGCUAGCAUCUGAGGAGGAAGGAAUACUUCCUCCUCCGGGCCCGCCGUGGAUUGUCAAGCCCUGCAAUGGCUGGCAUAGUCUAGGGGUCGCCAAGGUGACCACCAAGGAGGAUCUAGUGGCGGCCGUGGAGAGAGUCGCCAAAUAUGCCGCCUACAGCCGAGAUAUGGCAAAUACAGAAGAUCCUCAAUGGCAGACCAACGUGUUGAUUGAGGAGUACUGCGAUGGACCGGAAGUCGACUGUAAUUUCGUCUUGUGGGAGGGUCAGAUCCUCUUCUUUGAGGUGGUUGACAACUUUCCGUGUGCCGGUGACACCGUAGCAGAGAGCAUGCAAACCACGGAGAAUUUCAAAGAAUCACAGCUAGUGUUUCUCUCGGCCCUGCCACCAUCGGAGCUGGAAACGCUGAAAUCCUCUCUUCACGACACUAUUUCGCGUCUGGGCUUCCGCUCCGGGGUCUUCCAUGUCGAGGCUCGGUUUCGGUACCGAGCCGCAAAAGACGACGAGACGCUAGACUUACGUCCCAGCCCGAAGCCUGCGGCACACCGUGCGACAGUCUUCCUGAUCGAGAUCAACGCCAGGCCUCCAGGCUAUGUGGAUACCUGCGCCAGUUACUAUGCAAAUGGGGUUGAUCUAUUUGCGCUCCAAAUCCUGAUCGCACUUGGAGACGAUACAGGUCACGAGCCUUGUCCCAGCCAUUCCAUUCUCGUCCACACGUUGUGGUCUCGGCGAUCCAAGCAACAAAGGCCGGGAUUGUCGCGUCGGAAGAUCCUUGGAAAGAUCUUGCCCAGAAGAAUCCCACGUUGA